AAGCAUUCAUAGGAUUUACUGCUCAUUCUCAUCUCUCAUAAUUCAGCCCAGUGCACAUGUGUACUGUCUUUAAGAAUUGUAACCAGUAGUUGAUGUUUGGAGUGAAAAAAUUUAUAUACUAAUGCAAACUACUGAAUAAUACUUUUUUAAUUAUACUUUUGUUAUUUUGCAAUCAUUGAAAAUAAUCCUCGUGUUUAUUUGGUAUUUAUAUAUAUACAUAUAUAUCUAAAAGCGCCAACGGUUACAGAGUAACCACAAAAGUGAUUGUCAUAAAAUUUAUGGAUUUGAGUUUCUUGAGGGAAAAAAAACAGUAGGCGUUAAUAUUCAAAUGGAGUCUGAUUCAGCACCAAAAAAAAGACAAAGAUUAUCAUCGACGUCUAGUCAAGCGACAGCAAAUAUUCCAGUUGUCGAAUGCGUGCGUCAGUUUGCACUGCCACAGACAUUUCCGAGUAUGAAACCCAGUAAAGAUAGCAAUGGUGUCAAUGGAACAGUAAAACCAUCAGCAGGAUCAGGAAAACUGCAAAAGUUAAAAUUAAAAUCACCAGAUGGACGGGAACUUGGAGAAUUCGAUGUUCAAAUUCUACCAAAAGAUACUCCAGCGACCAAUAAAAAUGGUAAAAAAAUAUCAUUCUCAUUAGAAACACCGCUAAUUACCACAAGUAGUCUUAUUGACACUACUGCUAACAGAGAUAGCAGCAAUACUUUGGUAGCAACAGCAACGACACCAAUAAAUACCAAUCAAUCAUCACUACUUAAAGUACCACCAGGUUCUACAUACAAGUCAUUGAACAAAAAUCCAUAUUCAGCAAUAAAAUAUCUAGUGCCUCCAAGUAUGAAAAAUGUAAACGUUAAAAUGACAGAGUCAUCCGUACCCUCAGGUUUAAUGAUACCACUGGGUUCUAAUAUUGUAACUAACCCAAUUUACCUCGACAACAAUCAAGUUUUGUCAAGUGCUGAUAAUGAUGACGACAAUGACUCGGUUGUUGUUGAAACAGGUAAUGGCUGGAAAGUGCUUCAAAAAAAACAACCUAAUGCACUUACAAGUAUGAGAAAUGUACAGACCAAUGGUGUCAAUGCCGGUAGAAAUAUUAUUAUCAAUAGUAAAAAUGGACAAAAACAAACGUUGUUACGUAAGGGCAUGUCGCUGUUAAACACGGGACAGAAUUCGCCUCUCAGAAAUAUUAAGGACAGUAACAGAAUACAAGUUAAUGGUAAAGUCAAUGGGCAUUUAAUGAGAAUUGCUGGUAAUAAAAGAACAUUCGAUCAUGGAUACACGAUAGCGACCGGAAUUAAAGAACCGAAAUUGAUAAAUUACAUUGAUAAUAAUUCAAAUGGAAUUAUUGAAAUAGACGAUAGUAAUUUAGACAAUAAUACAGUUUAUGUUGUACAGAAUGAAGAUGAUUUGUUGGAUCAAGUAGAAAAGGAACUUGAUAAUCAAAGUACAAGACAAUCUUACACACUAACGAAUUCACAGGGUAGAGUUAAUUUAAUCAGACGGGGUAGUAAUAAAAAUAGUAACAACAAUAACAGUAGUAGUAACAAAUAUGACGGGAAUGUUUCGCCAACGCGGAGCAGCAGGUCAUCGUAUUUAAGGGAGGAUUUGACAGACGAUGAAAUAGCCAGCAAACUGAGUGUUGUUGGAGAAGCACUCAGUACAGUUAGCGAUCAUGACUUGAGAGAACGAGCGCUGAAAGCUUUAGCUGAAUGCGGUAUUGGGGUAGAACGUUUUGUUCCGAAAAAACCACCGCUUAAUUACAUGUCUGUAAAAGAAUCUCAGACACAGACAAAUGUAUUUGGAUUACUUGAUGAAAAUAAUUUUAUCAGUGUAACCGGUGACACUGACGGCAUAACGCGGUUACAGGAAAUAGAGAGACAAAUAAUUGUUGAUGAUACCAAAAUAAAUGAGAAACCAUCUGUUGAUAUUGUCAAAUUCAAACAAGAUCUUGACAAAGUAUUGGACAGUGAUUGGGUUAAUAAAACAAAUAUGGAACAAGUCAAAGAAUUGUUGAAAGUAAAUCCACUUGUUGAAAAAGCUUACAGAUUAUUGGAACGUGAGAUAAACAGUUGUAAAAAGUAUGAUGAUGAUGGGCUACUGAUCAUUCAUAAAGCUGUUUUAAAAAACAAUGAACGUGCAUUGAAGAGACACAUCAUGGUGCUCAGAGCUUCCAAAGCAACUGUUGAUUUUCCUACUAAAGAUGGACAGACGAGUCUUGAAUUGGCGAUUCAACAUUCAGCGUCACCCGAAAUUGUAAAUUUGUUAUUAAAGAAUGGCGCUAAUCCUGUGUCACCUGAAAAUGCCCAUGACUCGGCUUUGACUAUCGCGAGUAGAACUACAUCCGAAUUUUUACCUAAACUUGUUAAAUAUUUAUUACCAAACAAUCCAGCAAUUAAUAAUGUCGAUUCCGAAGGUUUCACAGCUUUGCAUCACUGUUCAAGAAAUGGAGAUUUGAAGGGAGUCAAAAGUUUACUGAGUAUAAAUGUCGAUGUUAAUGCCCGCGACUGUAAAUCUGGUAGGACGGCAUUGUUUCAUGCCUUUGAAAAUAAUUACCUCCCUAUCUGUAAAGAAUUGCUGGAUGCUGGAGCGAAGCCUAUUAUUCCAAACUACAGUGGACAUACUGUACUUACUAUUUUUGAUGAAGAAAAACAUUUUAUGUUAAAAGAUUACUUUGCGAAAAUUCCGAAGUAACAUAAUAAAAACUAAAAAACUUUUUUUUUUUUUUUACAAAGUUUUAGUUGUUUUACUGCAAAUUUACUUCGAAGAAAGUAAUUAAUUUUGUAAUUAAUAAUAUAUUAGAUACCUAGGCCAGUAAAAUAAGAAAAGUCUCAAAUCACGUGUAAUUGUUGGCCGAGGCUGACAAACAUGUGGUCUGUGAUUUUCUUUUUUAGUGGCCAAGGUGCGUAUACUAUUUUUCUGCUCGACGGAGCCGGAAAGUUGCAACUUCGUUCAGGGCAGCGGCCCGAAAGUUCCCACUUUCCGACCGGAGGGCAGAAAAAUACAUAUAGGACAUGUUUAUUCUUAUAUUAAUUUAUGAUAUUUAUAUUAUAAAUACUGCCAUCAAUAUUAUUUGAAAAAAAAAUAAUAAUCAUUGAUGAACAACAGGCUCGUGUAGUGGAAAAUUAUCCAAUAGUAUUAUUUUUUAAAAAUAUUUUGACAGUAUGAUAUUUAUUUGAUAAUGUUAUGAAACUUUUUUUCUAUACCCGACUGUAUGAUAUAUAGAUAUAUUAUUUAAGUUAUCGUUUUCAUAUAAAAUUUAGUUGGUUACAAAUAUUAAAAAAAAAAUAAAAAAAU